AUGGCACUUUCAAGGCCAAUCUCUCAUCGAAUUGCAAAAGAAAUCCAAUCACUUUGGGCAUCACCACUUGAAGGAGUACGAUUACUUGAAGCAGGAGAUACUACGCUUUCAGAGGUUCAGGCGUAUAUUUUCGAGGGAACACCGUAUGAAGGAGGAGCAUUUAAAUUACGGUUACAGUUUGGAGCAGAAUAUCCAUCAGCACCUCCAAAAUGUCAUUUUAUGACGAAGAUAUUUCAUCCAAAUGUAUCAUCGAAGGGAGAAGUUUGUGUUAGUAUAUUAAAAAAAGACUGGUCGCCAACGGUACAUGUUUCACAUAUUCUUUUGACGGUUAAAUGUCUUUUGAUUCAUCCAAAUCCGGAAUCAGCGUUAAAUGAAGAGGCAGGACGAUUAUUAUUAGAUAAUUAUGAAUCGUUUUGUAAACAUGCACGAUUAAUUACAUCGAUUCAUUCGAUUAAACCUGGAAUUGCAUGGAUGGAGCUUACAGGAACACAUAUAUCGUCAGAUUUUCCUACAUUAACGCCAUUGGGUGAUAGUAAUACAACAUCUAAUCUUUCGUUUGGCUCAGAAAAUUUUGCUAAAGGACGAGAAAAUAUUCCUGUUACGGAAAAUAAUCAUGAUUUAGACAAUAAAGUAUUAGAAAAGAAAAAAAUAGAUACACGCAAACGAGGUUUAAAACGACUUUAG